ACGAUUGGGAGGCGUGGCUACGCAUGCGUGUUGAGAGGCCCGGUUGUGGCGGCUGGCGGAGGCGUCUGUGAGGGGUUCCCGGAAGAUGGUGCUGAUUAAGGAAUUCCGCGUGGUUUUGCCGUGUUCCGUUCAAGAGUAUCAGGUUGGACAGCUUUACUCUGUUGCAGAAGCGAGUAAGAAUGAAACUGGUGGUGGAGAAGGAAUUGAAGUCCUGAAGAAUGAACCUUAUGAAAACAACGAUGGCGAGAAGGGACAAUACACACACAAAAUCUACCACCUGAAGAGCAAAGUUCCUGCGUUUGUGAGGAUGAUUGCUCCCGAGGGUUCCUUGGUGUUUCACGAGAAAGCCUGGAAUGCUUACCCCUACUGCAGAACAAUUGUAACGAAUGAAUACAUGAAAGAUGACUUCUUCAUCAAAAUUGAAACAUGGCACAAACCUGACUUGGGAACAUUAGAAAAUGUUCACGGUUUAGAUCCAAACACAUGGAAAACUGUUGAAAUUGUCCACAUAGACAUUGCAGAUCGAAGUCAAGUUGAACCAGCAGAUUACAAAGCUGAUGAAGACCCUGCAUUAUUCCAGUCAGUCAAGACCAAGAGAGGCCCCCUGGGACCUAACUGGAAGAAGGAGCUGGCGAACACCCCUGACUGUCCUAAGAUGUGUGCCUAUAAGCUGGUGACCAUCAAGUUCAAGUGGUGGGGGCUGCAGAGCAAAGUAGAGAACUUUAUCCAGAAGCAAGAAAAACGUAUAUUUACGAACUUACACCGACAGCUCUUUUGUUGGAUUGACAAGUGGAUUGACCUGACAAUGGAAGACAUUAGGCGAAUGGAGGACGAGACUCAGAAAGAACUAGAAACAAUGCGUAAGAAGGGUUCCGUCCGAGGCACGUCGGCUGCGGAUGCCUAGAUGAGUCCCCUGUAGGUCAGAGACAUUAUCAAACUGUCUACGGAGUCAAGGCCAAGUGAGGGGGACCAGUGCGGCCUGUGAUGACUGAAGCCACCAGCGUCUCAGUGUUGACGUUUCUAGUGUGUGCCUCUGAUGACUCGAGCACAUGUGUGCACACUCGAGGGCACACACACACACACUUGCGGGGGGUGCACACACACACAUACUCACACACACACAACUCCUAUAGAACUUUUGUGUGUGUGUGUGAGUAUGUGUGUGUAUGUCUGUAGCUGUAUGUAAAGCACAUAUGGCUACAGGCCUAGAUACACACAUGAGUGUAUAUAUAUAUAUGUAUGUACAUGUAAAGAUCUAAGGGAGCAGUACAUUUUCUCCAAAGUACUGAACCUGUCUUCAACAAAAAUACUAAAGAAAAUAUUUUCAAUAUAUAUAUACCUGGAACAGAUAUUAAUAAUCAUCAUGAUGCCCUUGAUGGACAGACAGACUGACUGCCCUGUGGUGCUGGCUGGCGUGCUUCGUGAGUGCCAGGUGUGGACCGGUGUGGUUAUGUUUCUGUUUUUUCCAGUCACCACACACACAUUUAGUCUCAUUACAUCAGCAACAACUCCUACAGAAAGAUUUCUUCAGAUUUUUAGAUUCUCCAGUGACUCUGGAAUGUAAACUCUGGAUGAAUUUAUAACUAUUUAUUUCUGGGUGGCCACUGUCUUCCAGCCAAAUCCCAACAGUCUCUGUCAAGUAAGGAGUCAAAGCUCUUUAUUGGGUUGCCCGAGGGUUGGGGAAAUCCUUUUUUAAAAAUUGCCACUUUUUAUUGGAUUUUUGUAUUUUGAAUUUCAAGUAUUUUUCUACAUCAAAUCUAGCAAAAAACAGUGAUGACGGUUUGUGAUUUAUAAUAAACACUAGACAAUAUUCAGAUUCUGGCUAAGCAAACGGCGAUCAAGCAAUUAACCUGAGUGGUGUUGCAGGCUGUGUAGAGCACUUCUGUGGAGUUUUGCUUUGGAACUGGCUUUUAUGGAGUUACAGCCCGGGGACUAUGUGGAUGGUCUGGAUUGCUCUCAGCUGACAGGGUGGGAGAGUGGUCACGUCCGGCUCUUUUCCUGUUGCGGUCCAAGCCAGGAGGAAAUGCUGAUGGAGAGCUAGGAACAGCUUAAGUAUAGCGCGGGUUUGUCACCAUCCUGAAGCCCAGCUAGACCUGAGCACUGCUGCCGACUCUGCCUCCUUCUCCUUCCUCCUCCUCCGUCUCUGCUUUUUCCUUUUUUUUAAGAGAAAGGGGCAGUAGCUGGGUAGGUGGCUUUUCUUCUUACCUGUCUGUCUGAUGCUGUUUCCUCUUGUUAGUCCUGGAACCCUGACCAGAAUCACACUGUUGAAUCCUUCAGGUUACACACUGCCUUUUUGAUCUCCACCCCUAGAACACAGCACCCUGCCAUCAGAGCAUGGUGGUGACCUUCAUGUCCCCUCCUCCCUGCCCUCUGUCCCAUGGGAGCCGUGGCAGAGAUUCCCACUGCAUCACACUGCCCACUUACCCUCAGCAACAAACCCCAGGUUCCCACCCUGGCCCGGGAGAGCCCAGCUCAGAGACAUCCAGAGUUUCAUUGGGAGCUUGGGCACACAGGAAGUCAGAGCCCGGCGUGGGCCCUGGUGCUGUUAUAACAGCUGUAGAGAUGAGAGACGUGUGGUGAAUGUAAAGUACCUGGUUUACUUGGCAGUCUCCUGUGUAAAUUACAGUAAAACAAAGUAAGUGGAACUGAAACAAAAUAAAUUUGAUCUCAAAAUGCCA